CUCCUGUGGUAUCCUGGCAGUAGCCUAUUGCAGAGCAGGUUAUGAUGCACUGGAGGCGGAGGCAACAAGGAGCGUGUCGGUGCCUCGGACAAACCAGGGAGCCUCACUUCCGACAGCCACCAGUUUGAGAUGGGACCUCUCUGCGACCUAAGCGAGCUUUUUACGCACAAAGUUCGAGAUUAUUCGCUUUUUAAUCCGCCGAUUCUAGACUUUACGCAGCGGUAGAAGACAACAUACAGCCUGUCCUCCUGUGGUGGGACAAUUGCUCCUGCCAGGGUUGCUCUGCUGUUUUAGAUGUGUCUGAGGCGAGAGAUUCAACCGGGACAACCAUCCAUUCACAGCCCUACAAGUCAGGUCAAACUGGAGCGUCUUUUCUGACACAAACUAAUUCAAGAGCUCAAAACGGAAGCAGCUCAACCUUAGGCCUGAACUGACUAUAACAAGACGCAGCAUCUGGCCACAGAGACUUAUCCAAAACGCACGAAACACUAACGGGAAUUCAUGUCGGACUGAGUGAUGUUGGAACUGCUGGGAGUUGUGCGUAAAAGCAGUUGCGCACCGGACAGGAAGUGAACUAAUUAUUAUCAAACCCCAUCCCUCAUUUCCAUAUCUAGUGUGAGUUGCCUGGAUCGCAGCCAAUCACCCACCGAAGGGCAGAGAGAGUCGUCAAAGCAUUAUCCUUCCUCCAUCAUAAUCACACUGACAUGCGCAAUCUGCACACGGGCAUCAACAUCAGACACCGUUCACUUAUUUCACCGACCUCGCUCCUUCUGAAAGGUCCCAUUCGCUGCUUGUAGAUGAUUCAGCGAAGGGCAGCAGCGAGUCGCACAGAAAGCUCGACAUGUCCCGCCGCAAGCAAGCCAAGCCGCAGCAGCUGAAGUCAGAUGAAGAGGCGACACAGACUGGACUCCUCUGCAGAAACAGCAUCCUUGAUGGCCUGGAGAGAGAGGAGAUCAAUGGAGAGUGGCAGAGUAGUGAAGAAACACACAUCUGUGACAAAUGCUGCGCUGAGUUCAUCACUUGGACUGAACUGAGCGACCAUCAGAAAGUGUGCACUGAGGAUCCCUUGGUGCUGAUAGUUAAGGACAAUAAAGGGAAGCCUGUUCCUGAGGAGUCUCCUAUGGGAGCCUCUCCGGUUCCUAGCAUGGUUUCCAGUGACUUGUCUGCAGCAGAGUCCACAGAUGCUGGCUUUGAGCUGGGAGAGGCGCUGGUGAAUGACAGUGACAGUCUGGGAAAUGUAGAGGAAGACAGGGAGCGGGAAGAUGCCAUGGAACUUGAGCAUCGUCCGCAGGACGAAUAUACUACACUCUCCAGCCCUCAGCUUCCAGAUUCAGCUCAGUCCACCUCUCCACGGAUGUCAGGAGCUGGCAGCUACAGCAUGCCAAGCACAAAUGUAACUCUGGAGAUCCUUCACAGCACCAGGGUGGCUGUUGCCCAGUUCUCCCAGGGGAUCAACAGCAGUGGUACAGGAGGGAAGGCAGCUUCAGCAGCCAUCCCUGCAAUCCUGGAGCACCUGCUGGCCCUGCAGCAGCAACAGGUCCACCAGCUGCAGCUUAUUGAGCAGAUCUGCAGCCAGGUAGCCAUCAUGAACAGACAGCCAACACAAGCUGCAUUAAACCCGGUUUCCAGAUCCCUGUCUCUGGCGCAUAACCCUUUCCCCACUCAAGGCAUCAUCCCUCCUCCCAUCUUGCCUCUGUCAGGGACAAUACCCUCCAACAUUAAUGGACAAGCUGCUGUUUCUUUGUCAUCUGUGCUAGAAAAGUCACAAAAUACCCCCUCACAAACUGUAUGUGGGCAGUCCACCUUUAAAGAUGUUAGAUGUACCCCAGCCUCCACAGAAAAUCCAACCCCAUCUCUCUCCAGCAGCAGCAGCAGCAGCAGCUCCACAUUACUUCCUCCUUACACAGGUUCACACACCAGUAGCAUUAGCUGCACUCAGACACUGAGCUCGUCCAGUCCACUGUCCCUGGGGCAGAGCAGCCUCCUCAGCUCAUCCUCCAGUCUGCCAUUUCUACCUCAGAGCCCCCCCAGGAGCGUCAUUUUCCCCAAUCCCUUGGCUAGCAUUGCCGCCACAACUAAUGCACUUGACCCUCUUGCAGCCCUGAUGAAGCACAGGAAAGGGAAACUGCCUAAUGUGUCCUUGUUCGAAAUGAAGCCCAGCCCAGACGAGCCCUUCUUCAAGCAUAAAUGCAGGUUCUGUGCCAAAGUGUUUGGCAGUGACAGCGCUCUGCAGAUCCACCUGCGCUCCCAUACAGGGGAGCGACCCUUCAAAUGCAACAUCUGUGGCAAUCGCUUUUCUACGAAAGGGAACUUAAAGGUGCACUUCCAGAGGCAUAAAGAGAAGUACCCUCAUGUUCAGAUGAAUCCCUACCCUGUGCCAGAAUAUCUAGACAAUGUGCCAACAAGUUCUGGGAUUCCCUAUGGAUUGUCCAUCCCUCCAGAAAAAACUGUCUCCUCCUGGCUGGAUAACAAACCUGUUGUAGCAACUGUGCCAGCCACCAUGGGUCUUCCUCUUUCUUCCACUAUUACCAGUAUUGAAGGCUCAAAUGACCCUGUAAGUGUAACACCAUCCAUUAAAUCUCCCUACCAGCUGGCGCCUGGUGCAUGUGUGUCUUUGUCACCUAACCACAGAAGCAGCGAGGCUCGUUUCUCUCCUUUUUCAGACAGAAGAAGUGAGACAGAAGCAUCGAAUAUACUGAAAACAGAAGUAGUGCCCCUGCCACAAAGCUACUCCCUGAGCCUGAGAGCCAGUGCAAUAACAGAGGCAACCAGCACUACGAUCCCAUCUGUGUCAACCACACCUGAGCCUGUCACCUCAGCCUCCCCUGCCUCCAACUCUCCACCCCUCUCAUUAAACUCAGAGGAACCUAAAUUCCCAUCGGGGGGCUUCCUGGACUCUGCGGAAACAUCUGAAACCUCAAAGCUUCAGCAGCUAGUGGAAAAUAUUGACAAAAAGAUUAAAGACCCCAACCAGUGCGUCCUGUGUCACCGCAUCCUCAGCUGUCAAAGUGCACUGAAGAUGCACUACCGCAUUCACACCGGCGAGCGGCCCUUUAAAUGCAAAGUGUGUGGCCGGGCCUUCACCACUAAAGGUAAUCUGAAGACUCACAUCAGUGUUCACAGAGAAAAUCCUCCAGUUCAGGUGCAUCACUCGUGUCCUAUUUGUCAGAAGAAGUUCACCAACGCUGUUGUUCUGCAGCAGCAUAUCCGCCUGCACAUGGUUGGGCAGAUUCCAGACUCAGCGCUUGUGGGUGGACUGCAGGAAAUAGAUGUCAAUAUCUCUGUUAAUGAGAAGAACUUUGACAGUCUGCACAGCAAUGGCAAUGACCUCACUGAUGAUAUUUCAAUGGAGGAUGAAAAUGUGGAAGAGGAAAUGGAAACUAUAGAGGAAGGUGUGAGUCCAUCUAAAUCCUUGAGCUCUGACUGUAAUUCGCCUCCUAAGUCCUCUACCAUUGUUUCCAGUAAAGCAUCUCUGGAGGACCAAAUGAGGAUGAUUGACUCUACUGUAAGCCUAAACCACUCCUUCCAUUUAAAAUCACUGGCAAAUGGUUUUAAUGACAGCAGCCAAGUCAAUACUAAAUGCACUUUAUCAGAGAAUAAGGUGGAGAAUUUCAGAGCAAACAGCCCAAGUGUGCCUGAAUCCUCCUGUUCACCUCAUGUAUCAGUGUCUCCUAUUCAAAGCAACUCAGAGGGCAUGAAGAUCAAAUCGCCUACAGUGGACAACAACAGGCCAGAAUCCCAAGAGCCUUUGGCAGCCUCAGUGAAGAGAGAGCAAUCUGAGUCUCCAACCUCUGCAUCAGCAGCUGCAGCAGUGCAGGAGCUAAAAAGGAUCCAACCCAGUAGGCUCUGUGUGAAAGAGGAGACGCCGUACAGUACGUUGUUCCAGCUGUGCAGAGAAAGAGCUGCAGGUCAAAGCAUUCCCAGCCUGGUUUCCAGCACAUCACUAGGCAAGAUAAAAACUGAAGUGAAUGGUCACAGUCUGCCAAACAACCCAACCGGAGGUCGCCCCCCGCCGUUUAGCGUGCAUGCCCCUGCUGCAUAUCCAUCAGUUGGCAGUCCAGGAAUGGCCUCCCUCCUUGGCCCUGUGCUCCCUCGACGAACACCAAAGCAGCACAACUGCAAUGUCUGUGGGAAGAACUUCUCUUCAGCCAGUGCUCUACAGAUCCAUGAGCGCACACACACCGGGGAGAAACCGUUUGUCUGCUCCAUCUGCGGCAGAGCUUUCACAACUAAAGGCAAUCUGAAGGUUCAUAUGGGAACUCACAUGUGGAACAAUGCCCCAGCUAGGAGAGGCCGGCGGCUGUCGGUGGAGAACCCCAUGGCCCUGCUGGGUGGAGAGGCUCUGAAGUUUGAGGAGAUGUUUCAAAAGGACUUGGCAGCUCGAGCUCUGAAUGUAGAUCCUGGAUUUUGGAACCGCUAUGUGACAGCUUUCACCAAUGGCCUGGCCAUGAAGAACAAUGAGAUUGCAGUGAUUCAGAGCAGAGGCAUCUCUCAGCUUCACCCUCUGACUGCAGGCAUUGACAGAGUGAGCACUGCAGCAAGUCCAAUAACCAGUCUAACUAAAACCGGCAUGGACCUGGGAAAUAACAGACAUUUUGCUAUGCUGAUUGAUGACAGCAAAGAAAUUGGAAUCAACUGAAUAAACCUGAAUGCUGAUGAAAUACUUAUGCAAACUAUUAUGGAUGUUAAAAUAUUUGUAAAAUGUUUUGUUUGCUUUUAUGUAUUAUAGAUUUAAAAAAGAACUUUUUAUCAAUGAACAGAGAUUAGAGUGUAUUCACAUUUUGCUGUUUUACUUUGCAGUCAUUUGUGAAUGUUUUUUUUUCUCUAUACAUUAAAUAAAGUGUUUUAACUUUUACCGGAACAUUUCUACGGUGCUUAGACAUAUGGUUGCUCUGAAGAAGGAAGCAUAUGUUCAAAUCAAUAAUGCAAAGAGUCUGCUAUCUCCUCCGGACAGCUGCUCAAUGCUGCUCACUGGUGCACAGCACAAAUAUCCUCAUAAAAACCCAUGACCUGCAGUAAUCGGUUGUCAGUGUUAUGGUGAGAAACUGUCAUUCUUAAACAACUGGAACAAAUAAAAGCUAAAGCAAACAGCCUGUAUGUUCAGUUCA